UGCAGCUUGUCGCACUACUUGGACACGGAAGAGCUCAGAACGCCGGAAUAUGUAAUUUUUCUUACAAAUGGAUCACUUUGGUUUCAAAGAUGUUAUCGCUUUGUUAUCGCUGGAACGAUUUACAUCUUUUAAUUGGGAAUUGCUAUUCACUUAGGUGAUAUAGCAUCGCCAUGCUAUUGUGUCGUGCGUUUAGAAGAGAAUGGUGUGGUUAGAAGGACAGUUCUAAGCAGCACGUGGCUGGUGGGAGAUAGCCGGCGCGCCGUCAUUCCCUCUGCAUCGGUACAUGACUACCACAAUGCGGUUCGUCAACACCGCCGACCAGAGCCCGGUGAUCCAUGUCACCGUGUUGACGUUAUAUGUCGCACAGCGGACUUUGACGAAGUAAUGCGUAUCUUUGCACCAUAGCCAGCUGUUUGUGACUGUAUGUUGUCUACACAAGGUGUAGGUGCCUUGACCCUGAAUGUUUGCUUAGGGCAUUAAGGUUUUCAGGUCCUCAUGGUUGUAUGGCAGCGAAGCAUCAGUUCAAAUGGCUGAUGUACUGCUGUUGAUGAUGAUGCUGAUGAAGGAGAUGAACUAACGGAGGAAUCCGACGGAACCGUCUUCAUGGGCUCUCCUCCGAACCGUUUAAUGUACUGUGCAAUAUACCUAUAUGUAUACAUGUACGUAACCGCCACUUUCAGACGUGCCCCCAGUCGUUUUAAUACGGAGACACAUUAGGAAUCCCAAAGAAGACGCGUCAAACCAUGUUCAGUGGAUUGCGGUGCGGCGCCACAGGCAACUUCCAUCUUCGAAGUUUGAAAUGUGCACCGUAACUGUGCAAAAUACAUACACGCGAGGAUGGGGAAGUCACAGGUAUUCUCCAGGAAACAGCACCUAUGCGGAACUUCAGUGCAUCUCAAGCAACUGAUUACGCCGCAGCAAUGCCCCGCACUCGUCUAUGCGAUGAAGACAGAGACUGCUAUACUUCAAGAAGUACCUGGAAGUAUAUUGUCUGAGGCUACCGGUCGGAUGAUGGAGAGGCGCGCACGACCUCUGCGCUUUCAAACGGUUAACAAUGUACACUGUGCUCCUAGAUUUGCUGACGCUGGCGUGUCACAGACUGACGUUUGCUACAGCGUAAGGCAUUUCUUACGAAAUGUCAGAUCGCACUACCUUCGACGACCAACCGGGUGUAGCGUCAGUGAGCAGUCUGAGGGUGGCCAGCAUACAGAAGAACUCGGACACAACAUACUGGAUUUGUAG